GGCCCGAAUCACACAGAUACAUUCGUCGAUCCACCACUGUCCAGUGCUCGGCUCGGUUACGCACGCACGCACACAAAUUGUAGUACCUGUGUUUUACACCACCAAAGAUACUAGCAAGCCGAGUCGACAAACAAAGCAGCAGGAAGAGGCAUGGCGCUCGCUGACGGGAACGGCGCGGCCAUCUUCGGCGAGGAGCAGGAGGCGCUGGUGCUCAAGUCGUGGGCCCUCAUGAAGAAGGACUCGGCCGACCUCGGCCUCCGCUUCUUCCUCAAGAUCUUCGAGAUCGCGCCGUCGGCGAAGCAGAUGUUCUCGUUCCUGCGCGACUCCGACGUGCCGCUGGAGAAGAACCCCAAGCUCAAGACCCACGCCAUGUCCGUCUUCGUCAUGACCUGCGAGGCGGCAGCGCAGCUACGGAAGGCCGGGAAGGUCACCGUCAGGGAGACGACGCUCAAGCGGCUGGGCGCAACGCACUUCAAGUACGGCGUCGCCGACGGCCACUUCGAGGUGACAAGGUUCGCGCUGCUGGAGACGAUAAAGGAGGCGCUUCCCGCCGACAUGUGGAGCCUGGAGAUGAAGAACGCCUGGAGCGAGGCUUACAACCAGCUCGUGGCGGCCAUCAAGCAGGAGAUGAAGCCUGCUGCAUGAUGCUGCAUGCUGCUACAUACUCGGCCUCCGAGUUCCCCCUACGAUGCACCACCAUCUCCAAGUUCUUCAUCGCUAUUUUUUCCGUUUUGACUUUGUCAAUCGUCUUGUGCAUUUUCCAAUUCUCUCGAUGGAGAAAAGUGUGAUGUACUAAUUUGCAUGGCGAGAGCAUGUAUAUUGCGACGAGCACGGAAUAAAGAUGCAACUUGCUUGUAGCCA